CUGGAACAGGGCUGGGGUCCCCGCCCUCACGAUGGCCCAGAGCUCUGGGGAAGCCCAACCUACUUCAGUUUUGGACUCUGCCCAGGAAUUUCCACAGAAGUGAACAGGCCAAAGCCCAAGCAGGUUGGACCCAGCCCUCCCUACAGUAACCUGCGCUUCAGUCAGUCCGUCCUGACGCUGCCUUCUCACUGCAGAUAACUGAAGAGCCAAGCACAUGGCAGACAACACACAGAGGCAAAGAGAGUCCAUUUCCCUCACGCCUAUGGCCCACGGCCUGGAGAACAUGGGGGCAGAAUUCCUGGAAAGCAUGGAGGAAGGCCGACUCCCUCACAGUCACUCAAGCCUGCCGGAGGGUGAAGGUGGCCUGAACAAAGCAGAGCGGAAGGCCUUCUCCCGAUGGAGGAGUCUGCAGCCGACUGUGCAAGCGAGAAGCUUCUGCAGGGAGCACCGGCAGCUGUUUGGAUGGAUCUGCAAAGGCCUGCUCUCUACUGCAUGUCUUGGCUUCUUGAUGGUCGCCUGCCUCCUGGACCUCCAGAGGGCCCUAGCACUGUUGAUCAUCACCUGUGUGGUUCUCGUCUUUCUGGCCUAUGAUCUGCUAAAGAGGCUUCUGGGGUCCAAGCUGAGGAGGUGUGUGAAGUUUCAAGGCCAUUCUUGCCUGAGCCUCUGGCUGAAAAGAGGUCUAGCCCUUGCUGCUGGUGUGGGCCUGAUCUUGUGGCUAUCUCUGGACACCGCCCAGCGGCCUGAACAGCUGGUGUCCUUUGCAGGGAUCUGUGUGUUCCUUGUCCUUCUCUUUGCUGGCUCAAAGCAUCACCGUGCGGUGUCAUGGCGAGCUGUGUCCUGGGGCCUUGGGCUGCAGUUUGUGCUUGGGCUCUUCGUCAUCAGAACAGAACCAGGGUUCAUUGCAUUCCAGUGGCUAGGGGAUCAGAUCCAGGUCUUCCUGAGUUACACCGAGGCAGGCUCCAGCUUCGUCUUCGGAGAGGCUCUGGUGAAGGAUGUCUUUGCCUUUCAGGUUUUGCCCAUCAUCAUCUUCUUCAGCUGCGUCAUGUCUGUUCUGUACUAUCUGGGCCUCAUGCAGUGGGUGAUCCUGAAGAUUGCCUGGUUGAUGCAGGUCACCAUGGGCACCUCAGCCACCGAGACACUGAGUGUGGCGGGAAACAUCUUUGUGAGCCAGACUGAAGCUCCUCUGCUGAUCCGGCCCUAUCUGGCAGACAUGACACUCUCUGAAGUUCACGUUGUCAUGACUGGAGGCUAUGCUACCAUUGCUGGCAGCCUCCUGGGCGCCUACAUCUCCUUUGGGAUCGACGCUGCUUCCUUAAUCGCAGCCUCUGUCAUGGCCGCCCCUUGUGCGUUGGCUCUCUCCAAGCUGGUCUACCCAGAGGUGGAGGAGUCCAAGUUCCGGAGUGAGAAUGGCGUGAAGCUGACCUAUGGAGACGCUCAGAACCUCUUGGAAGCAGCCAGUGCUGGGGCUGCCAUCUCAGUGAAGGUCGUUGCCAACAUUGCUGCCAAUCUGAUUGCCUUCCUGGCUGUACUAGCCUUCGUCAAUGCUGCCCUCUCCUGGCUAGGGGACAUGGUGGACAUCCAGGGACUCAGCUUCCAGCUCAUCUGCUCCUACGUCCUGCGGCCUGUGGCCUUCUUGAUGGGUGUGGCCUGGGAGGACUGUCCGGUAGUGGCUGAGUUGCUGGGCAUCAAGUUCUUUCUGAAUGAGUUUGUGGCCUAUCAAGAGCUUUCCCAGUACAAGCAACGACGCCUGGCAGGGGCUGAGGAGUGGCUUGGUGACAAGAAACAGUGGAUCUCUGUCAGAGCAGAAAUCCUGACUACAUACGCCCUCUGUGGAUUUGCCAACUUCAGCUCCAUUGGCAUCAUGUUGGGAGGCCUGACCUCCCUAGUCCCCCAGCGGAGGAGCGACUUCUCCCAGAUUGUACUCCGGGCACUGAUCACAGGGGCUUUCGUGUCCCUGCUAAACGCCUGUGUGGCAGGGAUCCUCUAUGUACCCAGGGGGGUCGAGAUGGACUGCGUGUCCCUUCUGAACCAAACUGUCAGCAGCAGCAGCUUUGAGGUUUACCUGUGCUGCCGCCAAGUCUUCCAGAGCACUAGCUCGGAGUUCAGCCAAGUGGCACUGGACAACUGCUGUCGAUUUUACAACCACACAGUCUGCACAUAGCUGGGACGGAGCAUCUUCCUAGCCUCAGGGCUCAUCCAGCCCAGAGAGGCCGUGGGACUCGUCACUACCUCCAUCCCACAAUUGGGAAGGGUGCAACGGUCAUCGCUGCUCCCAUGUCUGCCUCUCCAAGUACGAGUUCCCAGAGUCUGGUCUGCUCUCCUGCCCUUUGGGAGCCAACAUUCUGGUCCUCUUGAGUCCUCUUUCCUUGGGAACCUCAUGUGCACCAGCCAAAAGCCUCCUCCCUGCUCCCUCCCAAGCACCCAGCUUGUUGGGUAUCCCCCCAAAAGCUGUCUCUAGAGACACCUUCCUUUGCCCAGUCCCAAAGAGUGCUUUCCAAACUGGUGUCCUGCAGGACAUCAUCUCAUAAGGUGUGACGUCAAGAGCGGCCCAGGAUCCACUAGGUUUGGAACACAGCACUCAAUAAAGCUAGACAGAGGUUUGUUUGGUUUUCAGAUGGGUCCCAUGUAGGUCAUUCUGGCCUUGAGCUCAUUCUGUAGCUGAGGCGACCCUGUUCCUCACUCCUCCUGCCGAGCCCUGAGCACUGGGAGUCCAGGCCUGCACCACCACACCCGGACCAUAAGGACUUCUCAUUUGGGCUGUCGAGAGACCUCAGUGAGUAAAGGUUGCUAAACUUGAUGAACUGACUCUGAUGCCUUGGGCCCCCAAGGUAAAGAGGAGAGCAGUCUCUGCACGUUGCCCUCUGACCUCUACAUGCGUGCCUGGUACAUGCUCUGCCCCUCCCAACUGAAAAAUAAAUAAAACGUAACGUAAAGUCUUUA